AUGCUACUUCCUUCGCUGAUCAACCUCCGCCGCCCAGCCAACACGCCACUCGAGCCUGAAGACAUCUUUGGGUCCUCCCUCGGCGGCAUCUUCACCGACGAUACACAGAACCAGCAUGGCGAUGACCCGAGCACGGUCAUUCUGUACCGCAACGCCAAGUUCGGCGAGUUGGAGAUCAGGGUCGCGGAUGUGAACGGCGAAGAAGAAAGAAGAAAGUUUGCGCACUACCUAUGGAAUGCCGGCGUCAUGAUGGCAGAACUGGUCAGCGGGCGAGUGGAGGGUGGCGAUCUAGGCGCCAGUGGGAAGGGUCUACACGAAGAUGAGGAGGGCUGGAGAGACGGCAAAUGGUGGACAGACAAGGAGGAAGAGAAAAAAUGGAGCGUGGAAGGCGAGACGGUGUUGGAGUUGGGUGCAGGCGUAGGAUUGGGCGGGAUUCUGAGUACAUUGGCGGGCGCGAAAGAAGUCGCCAUCACCGACUAUCCUGCCGCUCCUAUCCUCGAUACCCUCAAAACGAACGUCGCGAAGAACGUCCCAGCGCAUCUCAAGCCCAAUGUGACCGUCGAAGGUCAUCAAUGGGGCUCCAUAAGCACACCCUUCGAGACCUCGCACGCGAACCGCUACACGCGCAUUCUCGCUGCAGAUUGUCUCUGGAUGCCAUGGGAGCACGAGAGCCUCGCCAAAUCGAUGCUGCACUUUCUAUCCGACGACCCAUCCGCACGUAUAUAUUGUAUCGCAGGCUUCCAUACAGGACGCGCCAAAGUCGCACCCUUCUUCGAGGAAGUGAUACCGGAGCAAGGGCUCGAGAUCGAGGAGAUAUACGAGAUGGACGUAAACGGGCAGCGGCGGUCAUGGGCGAAAGAGCGCGACGGUGGUACGGAGAAUAUGGGAGAGCGGAAGAAGUGGCUCGUUCUCGCGCGGAUACGGCGGGCUGUUCGGCAGUAG